GGUCGAUGGCUAAGGAUCAGGAACCUGAUUUUUACCUGAAGUGGAAGCACUGUGAGACUUAUGGGGUCAAGACUCUAUGCAACCUGAGGGAACUCCUGACCCGGCUCCAUAAGGACCACAGGGAUGAUAUCUAUGUCUACACCUCUGGACACCUGAACCCUGACAAGCUUUACAGGCCUCCCGAGACCAUUACUCAGCACUGGCAUAAUGCCAACAGGCCAAGGGAGCAGCGAAUCUUCCCAUCCUCUGUUUCCAGAGACAAACAGAUAGCAGAAAUGAGAGAGGCGUGGGCUUACUUCACCAUCAACACAGCUCUGCGUCCCGAUGACAGCCACAACACAAGGCUGUUCAGGUAUUUGAACCCACGGAUGGUCACUUCCCAUGUUUCCAAAGAGGCCGUCACCUUGAAGAUCCCACAGGAGGAGGAAGAGGAGGAAGUAAGGGAAAGACACGUGCUUUCUCGGGAAAGACACCGGAAGGAAGAGCUCAGGCUGCCGGAGAUGAAAAUACUCAGGUACCCAGUGAUACUCUCCAGCCGCCAGUGCUCCAGGGCUGCCUCGGGCAGGGAUGUGUAUCGGUACGUCAGCUCCUACUUAGCAGGUAUAACAAAAGCUGACAGAUACAACAAGUUCCUGAGUUUCCAAAAAGAAGUGCUGGCAAAGGAAGCUAUCCCAAAGAGGGAUUUCACAGCGAGCAAGGUGGCUGAGAACCAUGAGAAGAAACUGAGGGAGGAACUCCGGAAGAUAUGCACCUGCAGCUCUCAGCAGUUCAACAGGCUGCAGGUCUUUGGGGAAGUCUUUGAGGAUAUUUGUAACAGCUCUUUGAUCUUCGGGGACCUCCUGAAGGAGAUUAAGGAUGAAUAUGAACUCUACAUGGCAGCUCUUCUAGACUCGCAGCCCACAGCACAGUAUAAGCGGCUCCUGGCUGAAGUCAGGGGGUUGGAGAAGAGCCCUGUGCACAGCACAGACAUUGACCAAGCCAAGGAGCGGCUGAGGAAGCUUGAGCAGGCUGCUCUGGAAGCCCUGGAGCAGAAUGAGAAACUCAGAAAUGAACUGGAGGCAGAGAGACUGUUACUGCAGUCCGCUAAGGAAAAAUCAGAAGCAUCUGCUAGAAGCGAAAAUGAUGAGGACCAACUCACUCUGAUCGAGAAAGUUGAGAAGAGGAGAUGUGAAAUCCUUGAAAAAUGGGAUGAAAUGAAAGAGCUUGAAAAACACAUCAAAGAAACAUUGGUGCAUUCCAAAGUGAUGGAUAUCGCCGAGAGUGGGAUUAAAAGUGUAGAGAAUGAAGCUUUGAAGUUGGAAACAACAAACAAAAUCUUAAGGAAGAAAAUAAAAGUUAUAGAAAACCAGGUCAAGCAGCUCAUAAAAAAGAGUAAAAUCGGCGACACAGAGAGGCAGGUUCUGUGGGAUCUCAUUAAAGAAUAUGCAGAGUUACAAGAUGUAGAAGAUGACUCUCAAAUAUUUGGGAAGUGACACAGGACGACUCCACCUCCAAGUCCGCUGCCUGGAUGGGUCAAUGAAGAUGUUUCUUUUAGUCAUCUUUCCCACUAAUAAUGUCAGUGUAUUAAUAGGCGCACACUCCUCGUGAUUCCUUUGACCUCUUUCUAUGAUGUACCGAUCCUCAGUUCAUCUUUUAUUCAGUAACUUUCAA